CGCGGUCCAAAGAAGCACCUCAAGCGUCUCGCAGCUCCAUCCUCAUGGAUGUUGGACAAGCUUUCUGGUACAUACGCUCCACGUCCUUCUCCAGGUCCACACAAGCUCCGUGAAUCAUUGCCUUUGACCAUCUUGCUCAGAAACCGUCUGAAGUACGCUCUUUCUAGCGAAGAAGUCACCUCAAUCCUCCAACAACGUUUGGUUAAGAUUGACGGUAAGGCUCGUACCGACCGUACCUACCCAACCGGUUUCCAAGACGUCAUUUCUAUUGAAGCUUCAGGAGAACACUUCCGUAUUCUCUACGACGUUAAGGGUCGCUUCACUAUCCACCGUAUCACCGAUGAGGAGGCUCAAUUCAAGCUCCUUAAGGUUAAGAAGCAAGCUAUCGGUGCUCGUGGUGUUCCAUUCAUUGUCACCCACGAUGGUCGUACUAUCCGUUACCCAGACCCAUUGAUCAAGGUUAACGACACUGUCAAGUUCGACCUUAUCAACAACAAGAUCGUUGACUUUGUCAAGUUCGAAACUGGUAACGUUGUUAUGGCUACCGGUGGUCGUAACCAAGGUCGUAUUGGUACCAUCAUUGGUCGUGAACGUCACCUCGGUGGUUACGAUAUCGUCAACAUCAAGGACCCACUCGACCGUCAAUUCGCCACACGUUUAACUAACGUUUUCGUUGUUGGUCAACAAAAGUCAUGGGUUUCACUUCCAAAGGGUGGUGGUGUUAAGUUAACCAUCACUGAGGAACGUGAUAUGCGUCGUCGUCGUGCUCAAGCUUCUCAAUAA